CGAUCAGCUGAUCACAGAGAGUGGCACGCACAUUGGCAGCUGCUCAGCUGUGGACUGUCAAUAGUGUGGUGGUAGUACGCGAGUAUAGUAGUAUUCAGCAAAAAACGUCAUUCUUGGUAGAUUUGUGCAAAUCAUAUUUUCUGAUGACAAUUCUCCCCUUUGGCGAGUCGAAAGGAGCCAUGUCGCGCCGAAAGCAGGCCAAACCGCAGCACCUAGGGAGCGACCAAGACACGUCCACGAUUCUGGAAAACGGGUCUAGAAAUGAACAACAUGAAGACACCCUUCAUAGUGAUGAAGUGGAGGAAGAUAUGGGUGGAGAUGUGCAUGUGUGUGGCAAAUGUCGCAGAGAGUUUGUCAUCCUUCCAGAUUUUAUACAACACAAGAAGACCUGCACCAAGAAGCGAGUUGUACUUCUUUUUGAAGAUGAUGAACAUGCAAGUGAUGAUGGUGAAGACAGUUCAAAAUAUAACGGACAUGUAAAACGACUUAAGACUGAUGACGAUGCCGAGAAGAUUAACUUUGACGAAAGAAGUAUUAAUUCUUCUGAAAUUAGUAAAUCUGACAAGAGUGAAUUGGAAAUUCCAGUUUCUAACAGUAACGAAGAGUCGAUGGACUGUGCUAGUAAUAAUGAGUCUCAAGAUGAUAAUGGUUUACCUAUGAGUAAUGUUUCUUUGGAGAACCUUGAGAAUACUCAAGUUGCAGUGGCCCAAUACCCUCCACCGAUGCCACUAUCAACACAGCCACAACAUAUUGGCUCUAUCCAAGAGCAGUUAUAUGCUUUGCAACAGCAGCAAAUACAGCAACUACAGCUGAUCCAGCAUAUACAACACCAGCUACUGAGUCUGUCAUCUGCAGCAGGAGUAAUUGUUCAGACUCCAUCUAUUUUCACAACAGCGCCAUCAUUCCCAGUGUCGCUGCCAUCUCUACCUCCAACACCACACUCUGCGUUGUCACCACCUAUCUGUUCUUCUGUUUUAAGUACUUCGCAGAGCUCUAUUAACAAUCAAGUUCAGCAACCUGAGACGAAAUCCGCAUCUCCAGUUCCGACAACUCAGUCAGCGCCACCACAACAAGAACAGCUACCACCGCUGCCUCCACCACAGCAGUCAAAGCCUAGUUCUCGACCAGAAUCUUUGUCAAUGACACCUCAAAUAACACAAGCACAACAACGUCCAAGUAUACUUUCACCCACCACUUUUCCAUUACCUCAGCAUCCAUUUGACAUUUUAAAGCAAACAGCAGCCAUGACCACUGUAGCUAACCCACUUCUGCCACCAACAAUGCCACAGAUGUCUGCAGGCCUUCUACCAAUGCACCGUAAAGGCAAGCCACCAAAUGUUGCUGUGUAUGACCCAAAGAUCAGAGAAGAAGACCCUUUUUUCAAACACAAGUGUCGUUUCUGCCACAAAGUGUUUGGAAGUGAUAGUGCACUACAAAUUCAUGUCAGAUCUCAUACUGGGGAACGUCCAUUCAAGUGUACCAUAUGCGGUAACAGAUUCUCUACCAAGGGUAACUUAAAGGUACAUUUUCAACGACAUAAGGCUAAAUACCCACAUGUACCAAUGGACGGACGACCAUACCCACCAUCACCCACUGAAGUGAAGAAAUCUUUUGGCUUUCCAGGUUAUCAUCUGCCAAUUCCAACUGUACCAAAUGAUGUUGCAAAGUUACCAGCCUCUGUUCCUGAUCAUGGUACAUCUCCAGGUUUACCAGUAACUUCACCAAGUCUACCAAGUAAUGCAUCUAAUCCUUCAUUCUACUCUACCUCCACUGGCGAGAUGAUGCAUACUUCUCUAGGCGUCAAGCAUGAUACAUCAUUCCUCAGAGAUGAUUCUCCCAAGAAUAUUGAUGUUGCCAAGUUACCUGUUCCUACCUCAGAACAUGAUGUUUCACCCAGUGUACCUACCACAUUACCAAGUCUACCAGUCAAUGCAACAAGUCCUUCAGUAUUCCCACCUUCUACUGAUGACCAACCUGGACCACCCAGUAUGGAAGAAAAAGAAACGGAGGACGAAAACUGCAGUGUUAGUGGAAAUGGAGAUGACAACGCAAGCCAAGAAAUUGUACAGGAAGAUACAAGAUCUGGGGAUGAAGAAGAUUUUGCAAUGGAAGAUGAAGUUGAUGAAACACCUUCUCCUACCUCAACAGAUGUUAACGAUAAUGCGAAGAAGUCUUCCCUUAUGCAGUCACCGAUGAAUCCACACAACAUGAAUUCAAUCACCACCGUAGUAUCAGCAACUUCCAUGCCUCAGAUGUCUAUACCAGUCAUUCCAAAAUCUGAAGUAUCCAUAUUUACUUCAGGUAUUUUACCCAGAACGACCAUUCCCUCACCAUAUACAGCUGUCCUUGAUAGCAACAUGAAAGCAUCAGAGACGUCUAAACUGCAGCAACUGGUUGAGAAUAUCGAGCAGAAGCUGACCGAUCCAAAUCAAUGUAUCAUCUGUCAUCGCAUCUUAAGUUGUAAAAGUGCUCUACAGAUGCAUUACCGUACACAUACAGGGGAGCGUCCUUUCAAAUGCAAACUCUGUACUCGUGCUUUCACCACGAAGGGGAACCUGAAGACUCACUAUGGAGUACACCGAUCAAAGCCACCAGUGAGAGUCUUCCAUAAGUGUCCUGUUUGCCAUAAGCAGUUCACUAAUGCUAUGGUCUUGCAGCAACAUAUCCGCAUGCACACCGGUGAAGUUGCUCAUCUGUCAUCAGAAGCUUAUUCGUCAAUUUCUGAUAUGAUGUUGGACGACGACAUGGAAGAAUCGCAACAUGAAAUUUCUUCCGAGACACCAAAUGAAGAAGCGUACAAGUUGUAUGAAAGAAGCAUAGGAAACAAAGAAUCCAAUUCAGAACCAUCCAUGGAUAAUCUCAGCCCACCACCACUGAUAAAUGACAAAUCCUCGCCAUUGGAAGAUUCUGUAUUCUUUCCUUCACCGAUGACCACUGGAGCAGCAUCGCUGAAUGCAUUGGAAAACCAAGUAAGAAGCAUUGCAAGUGUCAUCACUACUCGACCGAUGUCUACUAUGAAGAGCGUGGACUCCAUAGCUAAUGCACUCCACCACAACAUAACUUCAGUUGUAAAUACUUAUGGUAUUCACAGACCAGCAAAUGACCCACCCAGAAGUCUUAGUCUGGGCUCUCCUGUAACGACAAAUUCACCAUGCAGCAGUAACUUUGAACAAGCAACUGGUUCUGAAUCCGGUUCCACAAGCCCAGAUUUGAAGAUUGAUGAACUCAAUGACAGACCACUACAAAUUGAUGAAUCCUAUGCUCAUGAAAAUGGUGCCCUAGAUCUGAGCUCAAAACCCACCACUGAAAGCUGCAGUAGCAGCCCAUCGCCUGCUUAUACACCAAUGUCAUCGUCAGACCCACUAUCUCCAAUGGAUAGUGGCUCAAACGAUUCAUUAAACAGAUUAACUGCAUCUGUUAGACGUGGUCAACUCAGUACAAUGUGUAACAUAUGUGGGAAGGCAUUUGCAUGUGCAAGUGCUCUGGAGAUCCACUACCGUAGCCACACCAAAGAGAGACCUUUUCGCUGUGAUAUUUGCGUCAAGGGAUUCUCGACUAAAGGUAACUUGAAGCAGCAUAUGCUAACCCAUAAAAUUAGAGAUCUACCAAUGCAGAAUUUUGAAAACUCGCCACCUGUCACUAUGAAUCGUGCACCUUCUCCAGUCCCUACUGAACCUGAAACUAACAACAUAGUUAAUUUGAAAGCAGAUUUCCAACAAAGUCCUCCUCAAGAAGUUGUCCACAACCAUGACCUGAAUUCUGAUAGUUUGCGUCCAAAGCCACGUCAUGCAUGUAACACAUGUGGUAAACAAUUUCAGUCAGAUAGUGCUCUGCAGAUCCAUGUGCGUACACAUACUGGCGAGAAGCCAUUUAAAUGUCACAUUUGUCAUCGCUGUUUCACUACCAAAGGAAACAUGAAAGUUCACAUGGGGACACACAUGUGGAAUGGUGGCAGUUCUCGUCGUGGACGUCGCAUGAGCAUGGACACUGCUCCAAUGAUUAUUAGCCCAAAGGAAGGAGAGAUCUUCAGACAUGAUUUCCUAGUUCGACACCCAAUGGAUGGUCCCUACUUCCAGUACCCAGUUUUGACCAAUGGUAUUCUACCAAAACCAAAUGAAAUCUCAGUCAUCCAGAACCACACACCUUUACCAGUGUUCACACAGGCACACAUUCCAGAAAAUGGCACGCCAGAGAGAGAGAGUUUUGGCCAUGACAUGAAAAAAGAAGUUUUACAAGCAUCCGAAAAUGCUGAACACUAAGAACAAUUAUAACAAACUGUUCAAGAAUUAAGGGGGAGAUUUGAUAAGACUAUUUGGACUAUUGAACAAUGAAGCAAAUAAAACUCCCCUUAGUCCAGAUUGGCUUGAGCAGUGUGAACUUGUUUCCGAAAUACCUCAUACUUGUGCUUUUGCAUAGUAACAUUUAGAAUACCUUGUCCUUUAUGCAGACCAAGAAUUGUCUUGACAAGUUUUUCCUAGUUAUGUGGAGCUGCAAGAAAAAACUUUUCAAAAGUAUAACUGGUUUAUGUAGAUGUGAAAAAUAUGUAGAUAGACUGUGGAAAAGUACUUACAAAAUUAUGUCUUGUAGUAACUGAAAUUAACUAUAUUACAAUAUUUGUAAAAAUAAUAUG